AUGGACUUUGAAAACCCAUUUGCUUAUGGAACUUUGAUACUUCACCCAAUGUGGGACUAUGAAAGUGUGCUCAGAGAGCUAGAACAGACCAAGAACUGCUGCCCAUUUGGUCAUGAUUGAGAUUUAAACAGUGAGCGUGUUUGCAAUUUGCAUGGGUUACAAAUUCCAUCGACUUCGGAAUCUCAGGAAAGAGGCUACCACCAAAUCCUUGAGAGGUCAAUACAAAGAAGCUUAAUGACUUCUGUUCAACAACAUAUGCAACGGAAGAAACAAAAAAUCGAAACUCUAAUGGAUCAUCAAAAUAGCCAAGCAUUGACUGAACAAAGUGAUGAAAAUAGUGAUGCUCUACCAGAAGCUCUACAAAUUAGGAAUAGAAGAAGACGUGCAAAGAGGCUAAACAUCACAUCAAAACUCAUCAAACUUCGUGACAAGAUUCUAACCAAUCGUGUAUCCUCUUUCAAUCGCACAAUGAAGCAAAUGAGGUCUCCUGCUGAAGCCAAUUUAUACAAGCGGUCGCAGUACAUUGGAGUGUCCAAGAGCAGCACUCACUGGCAAGCUCUCAUCAAUGUAAAGCGAGUAAAGAAGUACAUUGGUACUUUCGUGAACGAAAUCCAAGCUGCCAAGAUCUACGACCUCCAUGCAGUUGCGAUGCAAGGACAGAAUGCUGCUCUUAACUUUGAUUAUACUCCCCAAGAGAUGCUUGAGACUGUAGAUAACUACCUCAAACAACAAUCUACACAAGUUCAUCACUAAAUUAUUAAUU